AUGCCUGUAAUCUUUACAAACAAAGCUGAUAUUGAUCUAUGGCUGCGACCAUACGACGAGAAGAAUCCAGUUGACAUACCAACAUUAUGUCAAAUGCUCAAACCAUAUGAUGGUCUAUCAUUCCACAAGGUACCAGUACUUGUCAACAGUAACAAGUUCAACUCACCAGAUUGUAUUCUACCUGAGAAGGAAUACUUUGCAAAGUCUGGCAUUGACAGGUUCUUCCAACCAAAGAGUAGCACUGCUACACCUACAUCAACAACAUCAACUCCAUCAUCCACUCAACUCCAAUCCUCAAGUGAUGACAUAUCUCAAUCAAUCUCACAAACUAGUUCACAAACAACUUGCUCUCAGGCAUUCUCACAAUCGGACCCAUCCACGACCCAUCAUCAACUAUCAGCUUCUUCCACUCCAUCCUCAACACCGACAACUACGACGCAUGUACCAAAAUCACCAUCUAAAUCCAACAAACACAGUGUGACCAGCAAGCCCAAGCCCACAUCCAGCAAAGGGAAGCCCAAGCCAACAUCCAAAUCAGGACUAAAGGAAAACUCGGGAGGAAUUGACACAUUUUUUAAGCGAAUCAACAAAGAUUCAUAA